AAUCUCAACCUUUAAAUAGGGGCGAAGUCCCAUUGCUUAAUAUACCAGUGGACCUAACACAGUCAAAUAAGCAGAUAAAAACUAAGAGAUCCAAAUCUGAUCGAAUAUCUAAUUCACCCGUCAUCACUAAAGACUCUAUAGAAAAAAUGGGUAGAGGGCUUUUAUAUUCUACAGAUACACAAGCCCAUUUUAGACGUGUGGUAAAAGAAGGUGAGGAAAAUUUAUCAUAUUCAGAGUGGAAAAUUGAUGAGUCAUAA